GCCGAAAGUUGCCGCGGGAAUUCCUCUUGUCCGUCCACGGUGAAAUUGUGUGUCUGCCAUUGAGCCUUGUCGUGAAUCUUUUGUGCCGAGUGAACACUUCCUCUCCCCCACAUCCACCCCACACACGAGUAGCUAUGGCAUUGAGUGCACGAACAGCUUCUAGAGCUCUACGAGCAGCCAAGGCGCGUCCUUUUGUCGCUGUACAAUCAUGCAGCUACUCGUCCUCGUCCGAGCCUGACCUCAAGGAGACUUUCAAGAAGGUCCUGCCCGCCAAGCGCGAGCUCCUGAAGAAAGUCAAGUCGCACGCGGACAAGAAGCUCGGCGAUGUCAAGGUGGAGAAUGCGCUGGGUGGCAUGAGAGGUCUCAAGGCCAUGGUUUGGGAGGGCUCAGUGCUCGACGCAAACGAGGGUAUCCGAUUCCACGGCAAGACCAUCAAGGACUGCCAGAAGGAGCUCCCCAAGGGUACAUCUGGCACUGAGAUGCUGCCCGAGGCCAUGUUCUGGCUUCUUCUGACUGGAGAGGUGCCUUCGGUAUCACAGACGCGUGCGCUUUCGCGGGAGCUCGCCGAAAAGGGCAGCAUUCCCAAGUUUGUCGAGAAGAUGCUGGACGACUUCCCCAAGGACCUCCACCCCAUGACACAAUUCGCAUGCGCUGUCUCCGCCCUCAACUACGAGUCCAAGUUUGCCAAAGCUUACGAAAAGGGUAUCAACAAGGCCGACUACUGGGAGCCCACCUUUGACGACUGCAUUAGCCUGCUCGCAAAGCUGCCCACCAUUGCUGCCAAGAUCUACCAAAACGCAUACCGCGGUGGAGGCGCUCUUCCGAAUGAGAUUGAUGUGAACCAAGAUUGGUCGUACAACUUUGCCGCCAUGUUGGGCAAGGGUGGCAAGGAGAACGAAGGCUUCCAGGACCUCCUCCGGUUGUACCUUGCUCUGCACGGCGACCACGAGGGCGGCAAUGUCUCGGCCCAUACUACCCACUUGGUCGGAUCUGCGCUCAGUGACCCCUUCCUGAGCUACAGCGCCGGUCUCCAGGGACUUGCUGGUCCUCUGCACGGCCUCGCUGCCCAGGAGGUGCUGCGCUUCAUCCUCGAUAUGCAAAAGGUUGUUGGUGAAAAGUUCACCGAGCAGGACGUCAACGACUUCCUGUGGAGCGUCCUCAAGUCUGGACGAGUCAUCCCCGGCUACGGCCAUGCAGUGCUCAGGAAGCCCGACCCGCGAUUCGAGGCGCUCAUGGACUUUGCCAAUGCCCGACCUGAGAUUGCGGCAGACCCCGUCUACCAGCUCGUCAAGAAGAACUCGGAGGUUGCUCCCAACGUCCUCAAGGAGCACGGAAAGACCAAGAACCCCUUCCCCAACGUCGACUCGUCGUCGGGUGUCCUCUUCCACCACUACGGCUUCAAGGAGACGCUCUACUACACUGCUACUUUCGGAGUCAGCCGUGGUCUCGGCCCGCUCGCACAGCUCAUCUGGGACAGGGCAUUGGGCCUGCCAAUCGAGCGCCCCAAGUCCAUCAACCUCCAGGGUAUCCUGGACCAGGUCGGAGCAUAGAUUUGCAUGCUCGCAGCCACGAAAUGUAGUAGAUAGAUGUCAAGAUAUGAUC